CGAUUACAGCAUCACCGAAGUUCGGUGUGAUUAAAUCUUUGCAAAAACCCUCAGAGCAAUCUGUUUUCCGGUUUUAAACAAGAAGAGAAGAAGCGGCUUUCACAACAAUAGAAUGAAUUAUUCUGCGUGCGAAGUUGAAACCACACCACGUCUUGCUCAAUGGAGAAUCGAAAACUUUGUUUAUGUCAGUUCCCGAAGAUCUAAACCUUUCAAGAUCGGAAAGUGGAAUUGGAUUUUGUCUGUGGAGAAGAACACGAUUCAAUUGUUUCCCCAAUGGAGCAGCUAUCCCAUUCCCAGUCCUCCCAUUGCAUCUUUCAUCUUUCGGGUUUUAAGUUCUGUUGGAGAUCGCAGGACCAUCCUGCACUCAUCAGAGGUAAAGGACAAAGUUGUAGACAUCAACAGUGGUUUUGCUUGGACAGUUGAGGUUCCUAAGAAAUUCAUUAUUGAAGUUGAGUUUCUAGAUUUGAAGUGUGCAUCCCCAAGUGGUGGAGAACCUUGUUCCAUCUGGGCAGAAGGAUUUUCACAAGAAAGAUCACAUGCAAAUGUCAUAGAGUCUAUCUGUAGGAUGCUAACAGAAGGAAUCAACACUGACAUCACCAUCAAUGUUUCUGAUGGAAGUAUAGGAGCUCAUAGAGCUGUUCUUGCUGCAAGAUCACCCGUAUUCCGCAGCAUGUUUUCACAUAAUCUUCAGGAGAAAGAGUUGUCAACCAUAAACAUAUCAGAUAUGUCACUUGAGUCAUGCCAAGCUUUUCUCAAUUAUCUCUAUGGAAUCAUCAGACAUGAAGAGUUUCUGAUUCAUAGGUUGGCCCUUCUUCGUGCAGCUGACAAGUAUGACAUAUCUGAUCUGAGAGAUGCAUGCCAUGAGAGUCUUCUUGAAGACAUUGACACAAAAAAUGUUCUUGAGAGGCUCCAAAACGCAUCUCUAUAUCAGUUGAUGAAACUGAAGAUGAGUUGUAUCCGAUAUCUUGUGAAGUUUGGCAAAAUAUAUGAAAUCCGGGAUGAUUUCAAUACCUUCUUGCAUAAUGCAGAUAGGGAUCUCAUUGCUGAAGUCUUCCAUGAAGUUCUGUCACAUUCUGUUACAUUGCCGGUAGGGAUGAAGAGAAAAUUUGAUUGUCUUUAGAACUACUAGUUUCUCAAUGAACAGGAAAAUGAAAAAACUGGACAAAGCUAUUUG